AUGCAUCAUUUACUAAUUUUCAGCAUCUUCAUCCUGCAAUUUUCCCCUGUUCUUGUACACUCCAUCUCCUUCACCUACCCCAAAUUCGAGCCAAACACAAAAGGAAUUUUCUACCAAGGAGAUUCAUUUCCAGCUCCGGAUGCACUCCAAAUCACCAAAAACCAAAGAGACAAAUCCCUUUCCCAAAGCGUCGGUCGUGCCUCUUACUAUAAACCCAUACGCCUCUGGAAUGCCACCACCGGACUCUUAACCGAUUUCACCACCCAAUUCUCCUUCAUUAUCAAAGCCGUCAAUCCCAAUAUCUCCGGCGACGGACUCGCCUUCUUCAUCGCUCCUUCCCAAGUCAAAAUUCCGGAAAAUUCAACCGGCGGAUAUCUCGGCCUAUUCAGUAAGAAUUCAGCUCUUACCCCCGACGUUAAUCAAAUGGUGGCGGUGGAGUUCGACACGUAUCAGAAUAGUUGGGAUCCAAGCCCGGAUCAUGUGGGUAUAAACGUGAAUUCGAUCGUAUCAGUCGCUAAUGUUUCUUGGCAAGGAAGUAUGAAGAGUGGAGCUUUAGGAAAUGCUUGGAUUAGUUAUAAUUCAACUACACAUAAUCUUACUGUUUUCGUUACUUAUACAAAGAAACCAGUUUUCAAAGGUGAUUGGACGUUGUCUUAUGUUGUUGAUUUAAGGAAAGUAUUGCCGGAAUGGGUCACCGUUGGUUUCUCAGCCGCAACUGGUAAGUGGAUCGAGAUUCAUAACAUAGUUUCUUGGAGUUUUAACUCUACGUUGGAGGAUGAUAUUAUUGAGGAAGAAAAUGAUAAAAAGGGUAUUGCUUUGGUUGUGGGUCCGUCAAUAGGCGCCGGGGUAUUGACUUGUGGUUUGGGUUUCGUUUGGUUCAUCUGGUGGCGGAAACGACGUGAUGGAAAACCGGGUGGGAUGGUGAACGAUGGUCAUGAUUUCGAGAGGGAAACGGGUCCAAGAAAGUUUACGUUUAGAGAGCUUAGAAAAUGUACUAAUAACUUCUCCGAGGAUGGGAAACUUGGAGAAGGGGGAUUUGGAGGUGUUUAUCGGGGCCUAUUGAGUGAUUCGAACGAAGAAAUCGCGGUUAAGAGAAUUUCGAAAGGAUCGAAACAGGGGAUUAAAGAGUAUGUUUCGGAAGUGAAGAUCAUUAGUCAGUUGAGGCAUCGGAAUCUAGUUCAACUUGUCGGUUGGUGUCAUGAUCAAGCCGAACUCCUUUUGGUAUACGAGUUCAUGCCAAAUGGUAGCCUAGACCGUAGCCUAUUCGAAGGAAUACCCAUGUUAACAUGGAAAGCUAGAUACAAAAUUGCUCAAGGUUUAGCCUCGGCUUUAUUGUAUCUUCACGAGGAAUGGGAACAAUGUGUAGUACAUCGUGACAUCAAGUCGAGUAACGUUAUGUUAGACUCGAACUUUAAUGCCAAGCUUGGAGAUUUCGGGUUAGCCAGGCUCGUUGACCACGAGCUUGGAUCGCAAACCACUGUCCUAGCGGGGACCAUGGGGUACUUGGCACCCGAGUGUGUAACUACGGGGAGAGCUAGUAAAGAAUCUGAUGUUUAUAGUUUUGGAAUGGUAUUGUUAGAAAUUGCUUGUGGAAGGAGGCCAGUUCAACUUAAAGCCGAACCGAGUAAGGUUAGAUUGGUGGAAUGGGUGUGGGAUCUUUAUGGAAAACAUAAAGUUCUUGAUGCGGCUGAUAAGACACUCGAUAAUGUUUAUGAUGAGAAGCAAAUGGAGGCUUUGAUGGUUGUAGGGUUAUGGUGUUGCCAUCCCGAUCACACAUAUAGACCGUCGAUCAUGCAAGCGAUAAGUGCACUCAAAUUUGAGAUUUCAUUGCCGAGCUUACCCUCGAAAUUGCCCAUGCCAAUGUAUUAUGCACCACCUAUGAAUAUGUGCAAAUUUACCUAUACGUCCCCUGCCCUAACCAUAGAUCGGGCACAAUGUUCGAUUAGUAGCUCCGGUUCGUCGGCCCCUGCGAUGGAUCGGACACAAUGCUCCACUAGUAGCUACGGGUCAUCCGCGGGUUCUACUAGAUCUCUCCUACAAGUUCAGAAAGAUGGAAUGUGA